AUGGGGCUCAGAAGGGACCUUUGCGAGCCCACUUGGGCUGACAGAGCCGGAAAAGCUCCGUGGUUCAAGCUCAGCAUUAUCGGCUCCACUCCAGGCGUUAAAGCUGCCGAGUGUGGGGCCGUGCCCUCAGGAGUGUGGGGCCGUGCCUCAGGAGUGCGGGGCUGUGCCCCGAGUGUGGGGCCGUGCCAGGAGUGCGGGGCCGUGCCUCAGGAGUGUGGGGCCGUGCCCGAGUGUGGGGCUGUGCCUCAGGAGUGUGGGGCCGUGCCCGAGUGUGGGGCUGUGCCCGAGUGUGGGGCUGUGCCCCGAGAGUGUGGGGCCGUGCCUCAGGAGUGUGGGGCCGUGCCUCAGGAGUGUGGGGCCGUGCCCCAGGAGCGUGGGGCCGUGCCCGAGUGUGGGGCCGUGCCUCAGGAGUGUGAGGCUGUGCCCGAGUGUGGGGCCGUGCCCGAGUGUGGGGCCGUGCCCGAGUGUGGGGCUGUGCCUCAGGAGUGUGGGGCCGUGCCCGAGUGUGGGGCCGUGCCCGAGUGUGGGGCUGUGCCUCAGGAGUGUGGGGCCGUGCCCGAGUGUGGGGCCGUGCCCGAGUGUGGGGCCGUACCCCAGGAGUGUGGGGCCGUGCCCGAGUGUGGGGCCGUGCCCGAGUGUGGGGCUGUGCCCGAGUGUGGGGCCGUGCCUCAGGAGUGUGAGGCUGUGCCCGAGUGUGGGGCCGUGCCCGAGUGUGGGGCUGUGCCUCAGGAGUGUGGGGCCGUGCCCGAGUGUGGGGCCGUGCCCCGAGUGUGGGGCUGUGCCCGAGUGUGGGGCUGUGCCUCAGGAGUGUGGGGCCGUGCCUCAGGAGUGUGA